GGGGUCGGAGUGGCUCCUUCUACUUCCGGGUGGGCGGUCGCCAUGGCGAGCAAUGCCGCCAGCCUCAACGCCGUGCGGGAGACGAUGGACGUUCUGUUUGAGAUUUCAAGAAUAUUAAACACUGGGUUGGAUAUGGAGACCUUGUCUAUUUGUGUACGGCUUUGUGAACAAGGUAUCAACCCAGAAGCACUGUCUUCUGUUAUUAAAGAACUGCGUAAGGCUACCGAAGCUCUAAAGGCUGCUGAAAAUAUGACAAGCUGAUGUGGUAGAAGCCUUCUUCGUGAGAAGAAUUCAAAGUUGUAGAGCUAAUAAAGGAUUUGAACAUUGGCCACUCCUCAGAAAAAACAAAGUGAAAUUGUAUCUGAAGGUUUCAGAAUAUCUCUAUAUGUCAUCUUGAAAAAGGCAAUGUAUGGAAGAGCUUAAAGUUUGGUUUUCUUAAAUAAGCCCACCAAUAAUCUUACUGCACCUGAAUACUUGGUUAUUUUUAUGAACCAAGAGUGAAUUUAGUGCAAUUGUUCUUCUUCAGCAUCCAGGAGUUUUAAACAGUGUCAGAGAUUGAAGGCUUGCUGAAAUUGCUCGUAUGUAACAGUGAAUGUUGUUAUCAUGAAUAUAGCUUGUUAAUGCGUCCUUUAGAAGUGCCAUUGUGUUCUGUUUGUUCCUAUUGUAUUGGUGUGAAAAUAUGUGGAUGCUUUUAUCUGUAGGAAAGAUAAGAAAGAGAAGCCCCUAUUGAUGUGAUUUUAGUUACAGUAUAGAUGAUGACUUAAAUGACUUAAGUUGCGUUCUGAAAGUAAGAAAUAAAGCACUUCUGCUUAUCAAGAUAA